AUGUUAUUAAUCAAUGAUAGUUUAAUUGGUAUUGGUAAAUUAAUUAAAAAUUCAAAUGGUGUUUGGCAUUUGACUGUUCAUGAAAAAUAUGGUGGUAUUUUAACACGUUUAUCAAAACAAGACAUUAUAAGAAGCUAUGAUACUGAUGUAACUGCAUUUAAAAUAAUAUUUUCAGUAUUUAGUCUUCUUGCCGUAGGUACAUUUGCUUAUCUGGUUUAUAAGGGCACGCGUGAUCCUGAUUACCUAAGAGCAAACGGACAUCCAGAACAGCACCCAGUACCACAAGAUUUACGACCAAAUGCACCACCGUCGGAGGAACCCACAUCAGUGCCCGAACAUCUGUCGUGUAUUAUUUGUUUAACAGAUAAAAGUCAUUAUAUAAUGCAACCAUGUGGUCAUAUAGGUUUAUGUGCAGAAUGUUGUAAUAGUCUACAAAAUCAAAAUCAAAAACAAUGUCCAAUAUGUAGACAGGAUAUUCAAUCUUUUCAACGUGUUUAUCAUUCAUAG